ACUUAAAAUUAAAAACUGAACAUGAUGUGCAAGUGGAUUCUACUAAGCUUGCUUGUGGCGGCAGCCAGUGCCAUUGAGUUCACGAAUCCGAUAGUUCCGCAGGCGCCCGAUCCAUGGAUGGUCUACUAUAAAGGCUUUUACUACUUUCUUGCUACUACUUGGGAUAAUACUAUUACCAUACGGAAGGCAAGUACUUUGGCCGAACUGAAGAAUGUUGAGAACAAGGUAGUAUACACGUUCGAUGGUCACACAGCAUGGGCACCAGAAAUUCAUCAGGUAGACAACAGAUGGUACCUCUACUACGCGGCAUGUGAUCCAAACACCCAGAACUACGGGUGUCAUAGGAAUAAGGUGGCAGAAAGUGUUGGAGAUGACCCGAUGGGACCAUAUCAAUUUAAGGCCACUUUGGUUGAUGAGGGUGACCCAAUGGAAUUAGAUCCCACGUUGAUCAAAAUCGGAGAUAAAUACUAUUUGAUUGGUUCGACCCAGCAAUUAUACAUACGGGAAUUGAGCAAUCCUUUCACGCUCGCUCCUGGUAGGAAGGCUAUUAUAUCCUCUCCGACAUACGACUGGGAGAGAGUAUGGGAAAAUAUUAAUGAAGGACCCGAACCACUCUACCAUGACAACAGAACUUUUGUGGUCUACUCAGCUAGUUCAUGUAACACAUCUGAGUAUAAACUUGGUCUAUUGGAGUUUGUGGGCUCAGACCCACUUAACAUCACACAUUGGAAGAAAAACCCCACUCCUGUUUUCCAGACUAACGAAGAAAAUCACGUGUAUGGUCCUGGGCACAAUGGGUUCUUCAAGUCACCUGAUGGGACAGAGGACUGGAUUGUUUACCAUGCAAAUGAUAGUCCGAAUUCAGGUCUUUGCACCAUGGUCAGAUCAGCACGAGCUCAGAAGUUCACUUGGGGUGACGAUGGACUUCCAAUAUUUGGUGUUCCAGUAGCCGAUGACGUAGAGCUUCAGGGUCCAUCUGGUGAACAAUGAUACUAAUAAAGAUUCGGUCACAUACCUGUUGUCAUUCUGUUUCAUUGUAAAUUAAUACUUGUGAAUAAACAAACAAUAACUAGCAAUAA